AUGGGGAUUGCCAGAAAUUCUAUUUGGUUUUUUUGGGUUUUGCUUUCAUUCUCUUUGUUGCAAACACCCACCCUUGCUAUCAAAAAGUCUUAUAUAGUAUACUUGGGUGGACAUUCUCAUGGUCUAGAUCUUACAACAGACGAUUAUGAAAAAGUUACCGUCUCUCAUUAUAAUUUGCUGGGAUCAUUUUUGGGAAGUAGGGAAAAGGCUCAAGAAGCAAUUUUUUAUUCCUAUAAGGUAUCUAUUAAUGGUUUUGCUGCCAAUCUUGAAGAGGAGGAAGCAAUUGCAAUUUCUAAGCAUCCGGAUGUCGUAUCAGUUUUCUUGAACAAGGAAAGGAAAUUACACACCACUCGGUCAUGGCAUUUUCUUGGACUUGAGAGAGAUGGUAGAGUUCCUCCUGAAUCUCUCUGGCAAAGAGCGAGAUUCGGUGAAGAUACAAUAAUCGGCAAUAUCGACACUGGUGUGUGGCCUGAAUCAGAGAGCUUCAACGAUGAAGGAAUGGGGCCCAUCCCCUCCAAGUGGAAAGGAAUCUGUCAGAAUGAUACCAACGAUGGAUUUAAAUGUAACAGGAAGCUGAUUGGAGCCAGGUACUUCAACCAAGGCCUUGAAGCCAUCAAAGGUGGCCCACUCAACUCCUCAAUAUUCUACACUGUCCGUGAUUCAGAAGGCCAUGGGACCCACACACUCUCCACUGCAGGUGGUGGCUUUGUCGCCGGGGCGAACAUCUUCGGCUACGCCAAUGGAACAGCCAAGGGUGGAUCACCCAAAGCUCGGGUGGCCGCUUACAAGGUAUGCUGGCCCGGCGUCGGAGGCUGCUAUGAGGCUGAUAUAAUGGCAGCAUUCGAUGCAGCAAUCCACGACGGUGUGGAUGUACUAUCCGUCUCGCUGGGCGGCGAUGCCCUUCCUUAUUUUGAAGAUGGUACUGCAAUUGCAGCAUUCCAUGCAGUGAUGAAUGGGAUCACCGUUGUUUGCUCAGCCGGGAACUCGGGGCCCCAACAAUGGACGGCUUCAAACAUAGCGCCAUGGAUUUUAACGGUUGGGGCGAGCACCAUUGAUAGGGAGUUUCCAUCAUAUGCUAAGCUUGGAAAUAACAAGCAAUACAAGGGACAAAGCCUUUCAUCAGAUUAUCUACAAGAGAAGUUCUAUCCUCUCAUCACUUCUUCAGAUGCUAAGGCUGCCAAUGCUUCUGAUGAAACCUCUCAGCUUUGUAUGGUAGGAGAUCUUGAUCCUGAGAAGGUGAAAGGGAAGAUCGUGAUUUGCCUCCGUGGAGGGAAUGCACGUGUGGAGAAGGGCCAGGCGGUCCACCAGGCUGGUGGGGUCGGGAUGAUCCUGGCCAAUGAUGAGGAGAGCGGCAACGAGAUCAUCUCCGACGCCCAUUUUCUCCCAGCCACACACAUCACUUAUACCGACGGUGUUCAAGUUUACUCCUACAUCAACUCUACUAAGUCUCCUGUGGCAUAUAUCACCCCUCCGAAGACUGAUUUGGGCACAAAACCAGCUCCAUUCAUGGCUGCAUUCUCAUCGCAAGGACCUAACGCGGUCACGACAGAAAUCCUUAAGCCUGAUAUUACUGCACCGGGAGUAAGCGUUCUUGCAGCCUAUAGCCAAGCAACUAGCCCUACCGGCAUCGAUUUGGAUCACCGGCGGGUUCCCUUCAACGUUGAAUCUGGGACGUCGAUGUCGUGCCCCCAUAUUGCUGGUGUUGUGGGCCUUCUCAAAACACUCCACCCAGAUUGGAGCCCAUCAGCCAUUCGAUCCGCAAUCAUGACCACAGCGAGAAGCCGAGACAACACGAUAGAGCCGAUAAAGGACUCAUUCUUGGUAAAGGCCACACCUCUCAGCUACGGCGCCGGUCAUGUUCGUCCCAACCGUGCUAUGGACCCAGGCCUAAUCUACGACUUGACCGUCGACGACUACCUGAAUUUCCUUUGCACCCUCAGUUACGACUCGACCUUGAUAUCGUCUUUUGCCAAUUACAGCUGCCCGUCUAAGAACAUAAGCCUCUUGAACUUGAACUACCCAUCAAUCACGCACCCAUUGUUAACAAGCCCGACCACGAUCACUCGAACUGUCAGGAAUGUUGGUCCCCCUAGCACAUAUACAGUCCGUGUUGAUCCACCAGCUGGAGUAUUUGUGACGGUCGAGCCCAAGAUCCUAAAGUUUGAGAAGACGGGCGAGGAGAAGACAUUUAAGGUCACAUUAACGCUUAAGCAUGGCAAGAUUUCUGAUUAUUCAUUUGGGAGGUUGAUAUGGUCUGAUGGGGUGCACUAUGUUAGAAGUCCGAUUAGUGUGUCGUCCACAAGCUCAAGUUAUUGGUGAAGUCCUUUUGAAAAUGACAAUAUUACCUCUCUUUAGGAUCUCCAAAACCUAACCUCUCUUUCUCUCUCUUCUCCCAAACAAGC